GUUUUUCAGUUGCAAUAAUCAUGCGGAAGAAUCUAGUUGAUCACUUGAUCAGUAGAGUACGAUAACUUUCUCGUUUUAUGUCUUUAUUACUUUUCUCUGAUAAAGAUACCCGCGGUACUGAUUACAACGGUAUUAUAUAACUAUAUUAUCCUAAACUAUAUUAUAGAAAAACAUUAUUUAGUAGCACAAAUAUUACAAGGGUCUUAACUGUAACAGCUCAAUGUGUCAUUUUUCAUCGUUAAACUUUUACUCUGCGAGAGCAAAAGUGUCACGCGCUUUUUGACAUUUUCAUGGUUUCCUGGAUCGACUGUCCAGUCUUUCUUCUCUGUGCUGACUACACACACACACACACACAUUUAACGUUACAAGUUCAUGCCCGUUGGCAACAAAACUGUUCACAAAUUAAUAAACUGAACUUGGUUCUUUAAAAACGAACUAUAUGUGAAAACACCCUUGGAGACAGCUUAACGUGGACCAGGAAUGGGAAUAUGGCUACAUCUGAGCUGAUGCUGAGUAUUGGACUUAUUGAGAAAGACGUAAAUGUAGACACACUUUGGGUUUGGUGCUACCCGUCCAUCAGUGCUGAUCUGAGAGAGGUUCUGAUGCGGAAAUGUUGCCUGGCUCUGGAAAAUCAGCUUUUGCACACCUUUCUGUUCGGCCAGUACUGUCGAACCUGGUACUACAUCAGCAGUGUAGAGGUUCAGGAGCCAACUGCCCUCAAAAAGGUGACUCAUCUUUCAGUAGCUAUUACAGCUAAAGACUUCAAUCCUGAAAAGUAUGCUGCGUUUGGUAGAGUUCUGUGCAGGAUGUAUAUGAAACAUGGAAGUCCUGUGAAGAUGAUGGAGGGCUACAUUGCUGUUUUGACCAAAGGCAUAUGUCAGAGUGAUGAGAAUGGCUCCUUUCUCAUUAAAGAUUAUGAUGUCAGGAAAGCCUAUCUGGCUGGAUCUUUGAAAGAUGUUGUGUCUCAGUUUGGUAUGGAGACCAUUAUCCUUUACACAGCACUGAUGCUGAAGAAGAGAGUGGUGGUCUAUCACCCACGGAUUGAAGCGCUUCUGGAGUUCACAAGAGCUCUUCCUGCCUUGGUAUGGCAUAGGAAAGACUGGUCCAUCCUUCACCCUUUUGUUCAUCUGGACAAUAAUGAACUGGACAAUCUCAAGCUAUGUACAGGGUAUGUUGCAGGAUUUGUGGAUCCUGAAAUUAGAGACAGAUCAGACCUGUUUGAUGUAUAUGUCAAUCUUCCAGAAAGUGAGAUUACUGUAUCACAAAAUGCCAAAGAGUCAAUGGCGAUGGGGAAAUUCCAUAAAGAGAUCGGACACUUUAUUGUCCAGACUGCAGAGGAUGCCGAGCGCACAGAUGUGCAGGUUAUUAAGGAUAUUUCAGUAAAAACGAAAGAGAUCCUGAGUAACCUGAUGUCUCUUGCUGGUGAAGCAGAGAAUUCAAAGUUGACUUUGGAGACAUUGAAGCAACGGCACUACCCUCCAGCAACAGAAAACUUCCUCUUCCACUUAGCUGCGGCUGAGCAACUCCUGAAGAUCUGACCAAUUACAGCAUCCCAUUAUGCAGCGCAACACUCACAUGACACACAGCUGUCAUUCUGUGAGGAACAUUAACAUUAGCUGUGGAAUUACAAAAUGAAUUUAUAAAAGACUUAGGGUUGUAAUGGGCCAAGAGCUAUGUAAUACAUAUUUUUUAUAAGGAUAGGUUACAUUUGUUUUUUACAAGUUGUGAAUGAAACAUUGAAUGUGAUAUUCGAUAUCAGAUUUCACGCUCAAACGUUAAGAAGUACCUUGACCCAACAAAUCUAAGCUUUUCAGCGAGCAUUCCUAAGGUAUCCUAUUCCGUUUUAUAUUAGUUUAGCUACAAGGAUUUCACAGUGAAAAAGGACUGAUAGCUGCCUAACUGAAACAUGUUUGUUUAGCUGUGAAGGCUAACACUGUUACGAGGACUUUUUUCUAUACAAAGUUAAACAGUGUUGAGAUAAAAGAUCAAAAAACCCUGAACAGUGUUACUAAUAGCAUUAUUAUUGAGUGCCAAAUGAUUAUCUUAAAGUUAUGCUGUUAAUGCACAAAUAUAUAGUUUAUUCAUCUAAUAAUACUUUAUAUGAUUAUAUUCUCAAAUAUGUCUUUUAAAGGUCUGCACAUGAUAUUGUUAUAGGUCUUUAUUCAUCUCAAAAAACCCUUUUAUCAAGGGCUAUUCUCUGUGCCUAACCUGCUCAAUAAAAAUACUGAUGUGUGCAAUAUGAUGUAUGGAAAAACUUGAUGUUCAAAACUUUUUUAUUGUCAAAUUUUAAACUACACUACAU